GAAGAAGAAGAAGAAGAAGAAGAAGAAGGACCGUGAUUGACAAGCACUGCGAAUCAUCUCCAAUAACAGCAGUACAGGCAGAAAUGGGUGAAAUGCCUCUAGAAAUUAGAAGGCUCAAGUUAAAGAUGAGUAGGUGGCGGGAAUGCACCAUUCAAUUUGGUCUGCCAACCGCCAUUAACACCAGAAGAAGAAGAAGAAGAAGAAGCAGGACGGUGAUUGGCUAGAAAGCAGGAAAAACUCCAGGGUGACGUCACUACACUGGGACAGGAGCUUGCUUUGCCCUUGCGUGGGAAAUAAAUGCCAUUUCAGUUUUUCGAUCAGUUAUUGUGCUUGGGUUAAAGUAGAUUUCCUCUGCGCCGCCAUGUCUCUUGCUGCAGAGGCUUUCGUCUCUCAGAUUGCAGCUGCUGAGCCAUGGCCUGAAAAUGCAACUCUGUAUCAACCUCUUAAGGAGGCUCAAAUCUUGCUGUCAGAUUCUGCAUCCUCUUUGGCCGUUCAGACUUUUCUGAGGAUGUGUGGCCUGCCAGUGCUGGUGUCCUGCCGUGCCAAUGCUGAAUACAUGUCACCAUCAGGGAAGGUUCCUUUCAUCCAUGUUGGAAAUCAAGUUGUGUCAGAAUUGGGGCCGAUUGUUCAGUUCGCAAAGGCAAAGGGUCAUUCUCUGAGUGACGGGUUGGAUGAUGUCCAGAGGGCAGAGAUGAAGGCUUACAUGGAGUUGGUCAAUAACAUGCUGCUGACUGCAGAGUUGUAUAUCCAGUGGUGUGAUGACUAUACAGCUACAGAGAUCUCUAGGCCACGAUACAGUAGUCCCUAUUCUUGGCCCCUCAAUCACAUUCUGGCCUAUCAGAAGCAGUGGGAGGUACGGAGGAAGAUGAACGCGAUUGGAUGGUCUGGAAAGAGCCUGGAGCAGGUGUAUGAAGAUGUGAGUCAGUGCUGUCAGGCCUUGUCACAGCGAUUGGGAACACAGCCCUACUUUUUCAACAAACAGCCAACUGAACUAGAUGCUCUGGUGUUUGGUCAUCUUUUCACCAUACUCACCACACAACUGUCCAACGACGAGCUUGCCGAAAAGGUGAAAUCCUACACCAACCUGCUUUCUUUCUGCCAUCGUAUUGAACAGACUUAUUUUAAGGAGCACGACCGAGAGAGCCAGUCGGGGUCCUCGCGCCAUUCCAAAGGCUCACUACCCUGAGCACCACACUUUGCCCAACAUUUCUCACUCCUCUGAUCUGAAGUGAUUGAUAUCUUUAAUGUCCUAUGUGCAUUAAAAGACGACAUUGUUAGUUCUGUUGAGGCUAAACCAUCUUUAUAGAUCAGUAGGAGAGAGAAAGGGCCAUUAAAUAGAGGUUUGUGAAUAUUUAAAGUGUUCCCAACACAAUUCCAAACUACGUCUUUGCCUGUUCAUAAUGCCAUAACAGGAACCUGCCUGCCGCAACAGUAGAAUUAGAUUUCGUAUAUAAAAAUUUAGUUGAUGUGAAUCUUUUUUUCCACUGUAUGAUGCCUUUGUUUAAAAUGUGUAAAUGGUAAGUGCCUACACUAUGAAGUAUAAUAAACUUCAAGUUUAGACUCACAAG